AUGAAUGCAUCACGAAAAACAAGUAAAUUUGAAAUUUUAAAUGACAAUGAUCGCUCCGUAGCAUACAACUUAGAACGGCGACGUUCGUCUUAUAUUGAUAACUGGGCGCGACAAUCUUUUAGCGUUCGAGCAGACCUUUAUUCCACAAUCGAAAAGUCUUUACCUGAUAUUCCAUCUGAUGAUCGACUUUCAAGUAACUUAAUUACUGGAAUGAGUAUGCAAAGUAUGAUUCUAGGUACCAGUCUUCUUAGUAUACCUUACUGUGUCAAGUUAGCUGGAGUGUGGGGAAUUAUCUUGAUUAUACUAAUUGCCUUUCUAACAACUAUUACUGCCGAUAUGCUUGCAGAAUGUCAAUAUCAAGAAAGUCGCAAAAAAUUUAAAAAGCGAGUUCAUUCAUCCUUUGUUGACAUGUGCACGGCUUGCUUUAAAACAAAAGGAAAAUAUUUGAUGGAAUUUUUAGUUUAUCUAAGCUUGGUUCGUAAUGUUGUGGUUAUUAUUUUGUUAUCUGAUCUUACUGACGAAGUUCUCAAAACAUUUCCAAAUGUACAUUAUGAUAAAAACAUUCUCCCAGUUUUUUGGACACUUGCUGUCCUUCCACUUUUAUUUGUGUCAAAAGUUUCAAAGUUAGCCUGGUUCACGUUCAUCGGAAUGAUACUUUAUCUAUCAUCUAUAGCUUUCAUGUUUGGAAUAUUCUUGACUACUACUCGCUCGUGGUCUCAUAUCUCUAUUUCUUCACAUUGGGAUUUUAAAGAUGUUGGAAUAGCUAUUGGAAUAAUAAUAAAUUCUUAUGCUGUUCAUAUGAAUCUUCCUUCUCUUGAGGGAAGUAUGAAAACACCUACUUCUUACACUCGCGUAACCAACGUCAGUUUUGGAUUAAACGUGGUUAUUAAAUUGAUUUUUGGCAUUUGUGGUUAUUUUGCCUACAGCAACAAUACAUUUGAUGAAAUUACGCGAAAUAUUGAUAAUCAAAAAUUUUUUUUGCUAUCGUAUAUUAUAAAAGGAUCUCAAAUUGUUUUUGCUUAUUUUACAAUACCUCUUCAAAGUCACGUGGUAUUUGAGCUUAUGGAUUUAAAUUUUAGGCAUCAUUUCCCAAUUUUUUCAGGCAAAGAUCAAUGGUGGACACUCCUUUCUCGUUUAACAAUAAUGACAGCUUUGCUUUUAAUAGCAUUGCUUAUGCCUCACUUUGGGCUUGCAGUUAGCAUAAUCGGAAGUGUUCGUGGAAGUCUUAUUGCACUUGUCCUACCCCCUCUAUUUUAUAUUAAUUUAAAAACUCACUCUAUGUCUAAAAUCAAAGUAUGCUUUUGUUAUGUUACGGCAUGUUUAGGCGUGUUGCUUGGUUGUGUCGGCCUAUACUCUGCUAUAUAUGAUUUAGUCAAACAUUCUGGUUGA